AUGUCUGGUAGUGGUGGCAGUGGUGGUGGACGGGCAGUACUAAUAGCUAUACUAAGUGGUUCCAGUCCUAAGUUAUCCGAUCACACAAUAAGUGUAAGAUUGGGUUAUGACUACAGCCAUGCAAGUCAUGUAUACGGUGUGGAUAAGUAUGUCAUUCAUCACAAUUAUACGCCAAAUAUGAUUGGAUUGAAGUAUGGAUAUGAUAUCGUAUUAUUGAAAUUGGAUUCACAGAUAUUGACGACACAGUCGACGGGUGGGUAUCCGACAGUUAAUGCCAUUUGUUUGCCCGACAGAGACAUUGUUAACACCGAUAAAGAGUUGGCAGUGUUUGCCGGUUUCGGUUAUAUUGACGAUAAUGUGAUUAAUUCGGGUCCACUCCGGACGGGUUGGCUUCAGAUGACUGAAUCGUUUAAUAACUCGUUAGAUAACUACAGUUAUUUGAUUUUAAGUAAAAGAUAUCCAUUGAUUGAGAGAACCGGUGGCUGUCAGGGUGAUUCUGGUGGACCAUUGAUUCAGUAUGUAGUGGACAACAGCAGUCAUAAAGGUAGUGGUGGUGAUGGUGGUGGUGGUCGGGCAGUAUUAAUAGGUAUACUAAGGAGUGGCAGACCUAAGUCGGUUAACUCAAUGGCAGAGUCAGGGCAGGCAAUAUCAUCUGCAUUCAAAAUUUGA